UAGUAAAUACUAAUUUUAGGAGUUUAAAUUCCUAAAUUAACUCUUGAUUUUGAUUGCUUAAAAAUUAUAUUAUUAUUUUUUUCUACUAAAAAAGCAAUUAAUCAAGUACCAUAUUCAGUAUUAUUUAAGUACACCCAUUUAACUUUUAUUAAUUUUCUAUGAAUUGGAAAUGUCUUCUUCAGAUAUUGUAUCUUUAGAUGACAACAGUAUAGUGAUAAAUGAUUUACCAAAUGAUACAGAAGCAGCCAUUAGAUAUAUUAAGAAAUUAUUACCAGCAACUCUAGAUGAUACAUUUAAAUAUCCAUCAAUUGUAUUUAUUAAUCAACUUUAUGAUAUACUACACAAUAAGACAUUGAUUAAUAAAGAACUGGAUAUAUUAAAAAAACAGUGCAAAAUACAAUUACUCACAAUUGGAACAUCUGAUUCUUCUUCAGCCUUAAUAUUAUAUGAAGAUUAUGUUAAAUAUAUUUUAAACAUUUAUCCAGAAAAUAGUUGUGUCAAAAAAUUUUUAAACAUUAUUUUACCUUCAGUAAAAUCAUUUUUAGUGGAAAAAUGUACUUUAAAACAAAAAUUUAAAUUACAGCAAUAUGAAUUGACAGAAUUGAUCAACUGUGGACUUUUGUUGAUUAGAAAUCAAGAAAGUUAUUGGGUAUCUUUUCCAUCAUCUGGAAAUUUUAUAAAACGUUAUAUUGAAGGUCGAAAAUAUAUCAUUCAAAUAAUCAAACGUAGAAAAUUUCAAGAGGUAUUAGAAACUGACUUGGAAGUUCGAUGUGCUAAGGUGCCAAAGAUAAAACAACUCGGUUUUAAAUAUCUUUUACAUGAAAUUAAAGGAUCAAAAGAUAUAAUAAAAAUGAAUACAACAUCAGGAUGUCUUUUAAGAAUAAGCUAAACAACAAUUAUUAUCGUAUAUUAAAAGGAAUCAUUUCAUAUUAUAUUAUAAGGUAUUGUAUAAAAAAAAAAUAAAA